AGGCUACAAGGCGCUGCCACUUUGCCGAUCAACCUCGUCGUAUGACGAUCCUCUCGUCGUGUGAACGAGUACAAGCACCGAUUCCUAGCGGCACCUCCGCUGGUGUCAGCUGUCCGACAGUAGAUUUAUUAAAACGUGUCAUGUCACUUUGACAAAAUCGCGACUGCGUGCAGGAGAGUAGAUCGCAGAGUAAUCGUAGAGGCGCUAGUGACUAUUUGUUCUCGAUAUAUACGAUAUUAGACCGCUUUUGUAUAAUAUUUAAUCGUAUUUGACGUUCGUCGUUGGUGUGUGCGGGGAAGACAAGGAUCAGGACGGUAUCGCCGUUAGCUUCUUGACGAUCAGUAGUAUACGAGGCAAUGGCAAGCUUAAUUAAUUCCACAGCAACUUUAAUAAAUGAUGCCUACAAUUACUACCUCUGGACGCUAUCCCUUGCCGAUGAACGAACGAGAGGAUGGCUUCUGGUCGAUUCGCCAAAACCUACAUUGAUAUACACUAUGUUGUAUUUACUCAUUGUAUGGGCCGGGCCAAAGAUCAUGAGAAAUCGAAAAGCCUUCAAGUUAACGUGGGCACUCGUUCCGUAUAAUCUUGCGAUGGCCUGUCUUAACGCGUACAUCGCGAUACAGUUAUUCGUAGCUUCCACCAGGUUACGUUAUAGUUAUGUGUGUCAGCCGAUUAGGCACGUGACUCGUCCAGACGAAUUGCAGAUUGCUCAUGCAGUCUGGUGGUACUACUUUAGCAAACUUUUGGAGUUCUGUGAUACGUUUUUCUUUAUCUUACGGAAGAAGGAUAAUCAAUUAAGUUUUCUUCAUGUUUACCAUCAUUCCACUAUGUUUUCGUUGUGGUGGAUUGGUAUCAAAUGGGUUCCAAGCGGAUCUACUUUCCUGCCAGCCAUGGUGAACAGUUUUAUCCAUGUCCUCAUGUAUUCAUACUAUGGCUUAGCCGCAUUGGGACCCUCUGUAGCUAAAUAUCUCUGGUGGAAGAAAUAUCUGACGAUUCUUCAAUUAAUCCAAUUUACUACUGCCUUGAUCCUCGGCAUCAAUGGGAUUCGGUCGGGAUGCGAUUUCCCACUCUGGAUGCAGUAUGCUCUUGUCAUUUACAUGGUCUCUUUCAUCGUUUUAUUCGGAAAUUUCUACGCUAAAGCCUACAUUGCCAAGGGUAAACAAGCAUACGCUGAAAGACAGUUAGAAAAAAUGAAAGCGGAUACGCAAUUGAAGAAAAAAAUUACCGGCGCAGCUAUGUGUAACGGAAACAUUACGAAUGGACACGCCAAUGGAUAUGCGAAUGGUGUAUCUAAGAAGAUUCAGUGAAUAAUACACUCCUAAGUCCUUCGUUAAGAUAUUAAGAUCGCUUGAACUGCGGUAUAUUUAGUUACAAAAUAAAAGUGAACGAAAAUUCUUGAAAAAUAAUUCGAUCGGUAACGAUAAUUUAGAACCGGAAGUUAUUUGAUCAAAAUCUUUAGUUCAUGCAACUGCCACUUUGUUCGUGACGAGUGACGUUCAGUACACUAUACUUAUAUAUAUAUCGUUGCAGAAAGAUCGAGUUUAAUAAAAGAAACCGAUAUUUCUUUGACGAAUUAAGAUAAACGCGACUAUAAACUUACCGGCCUGCGAUUUUUUAAUUCUUGGAUCAGCAGCACAAAGUUCGACGGAUCGCUGGUCUAAGGUAUUGUAAAUACAAAUUAGUCGAGUAUAUUAGCAGUUUAGUCGUCAGUAGGCGAAUUACAUAAGAUCCAGUGUGAUCAAUUAUGAUAACGUUAUAUAAGUUUAAACUAAGCGAUCUUUUGCGUUCGACGGUUCAAAUCUGCCUUGUAAAACAGAAAGAAACAAAAUGAAACAGAUCGUCGUGUCGGAAACUGCCUUUAGAUUUUUCUCUCAGUGAAUCUAAGGUUAGAAUUCAAAUAUGACGGUCACGUUAAAGUUGUAAGUACCAAUAUUUGCACAUUUGACGUCUAGUUAAUGUUGUAUCGUGAUAUUCGAGUAUGUUACAGUCUCUCUUUUGAAUAAAUGGAAAACAAUAUUCUAACACGAUCAUGAACUAGUAUUCAUGAAAAUGUAAAGAACUUGAAUUUAAAUGUUGUUGUUAUAUAUCUAAGAUUAUCUUUGUACAUUAUUUAAUGAUAUCUUUAAUGAAUAUGAUUUCUUUGGAGUAACAAAAGAUAUUCUUUUAUUAGUUAUAUUCGAAGAUUUGUUUGUUUAAUAACAAACUAGUAGUAAUGUCCAUCCUUUCGUUCGAAACAAAAGCUGAUUCACUAUGUCAAUUGGUAAGAUAUUGAUAAGUUAGAUAAAUAUUUAUACAAAACGUUUUUCUACAAUUAAUAUUCUACAUACAGAUAUUAAAUACGCAUAAUAAAUUAAUUGCGUGCAAAAAAUUUUAUACGUUCCAACCAAAAAUAUCAAAACAAUAAGACUUUUUAUACAUAAAGACUUUCUGAAAAUUUGGAUGUUUUAUUGCACAAACGAAUAACUCGUCCAUGAAGCCAUAGAUUAUCGCAAAACUUUUACAAAAUAAAUGAUCAUGAUCGCUUGUAAAAAUUAA